CACGUCGUUGUCUUCAACAAACAAGAAUGCAGUCUGGAAUCGUCUUCGUUACGGUAGCAGCAGUAUUGCUACAGAAUGGCCAUGCCGGCUUCGUGUCUCUCAAAAUGCCGUACCCGAAUCCGGCGGGAGUAUCCUACAUCAAUAAUAUCGCGCCCCAGGCGCACUUUGCGUACAGUCUUCCCGGUAAAGUUGAAGCCCAACACAUUGGAUAUGCCGCCGCCCAAGUGCCAGCAGUAGCCGCUGUGCCUUACGUCCAACAUAUACCGACUGUUUCUCAUGUGCCAGUCACGAAGUACGAAGCCCAACCUGCUUUCCUGGAGAAGCAAAUAGACGUUGUGAAACAGGCCGUGUCCACACGCAAAUUCGAAGUACGUCGUCCAGCAAUCCAGCAGCAAUUCUUCGACAUCGAAGAACGCGUGGUCGUCCGGCCAGUUGGCUCAGCUGUAGUCGAGCUCGACCAGCCAACCUCCAGGAUCCCCAAGGGACCAGCUGUGAUCGAAUCUGUGAAUCAGCCUUCCGAAGAGACCUCAGUUUCGCAAUCUUCAAUUUUUGCAUCCUCAGGUUCGCCUAAGGAUAACGAAACCAUUGUAGUAGAGAACGCUGAUUGCGUUAAUGUUAACGAUCAAGGCCAGGUACGAUUCAAAUUACCAGCAGUACAAGUUAACUCGAAUAGUGAAUUUUCAAGCGGAGCCUUUGUUGCCCACGACCCCGUUCCAAACGUCGUCAUCAGCCCGAAUUCCUCCCCUGAAGAGGACAAAAAAAACCAGAACAGGCUAAUCGAACUGCUCACCGCUCGUGGCAACGUUGCUGAGAUUGGAUCCGGCCUCUUUGGGCUUGACAAAUUCAACGAUAGCGAAGCUGGCCAAUUCAGAGGACGUGUGAUCUCUGCCACCCCUGCUCCAGACUUUGCAGAACCAGCUGGCGAACGUGUCUCCACACGACGUGUCGUGCUCAACAAGCCCAUCGAGACUCUUCAAGAAGUGGACGUCGUGGAACCAGCGACAAAAAUUGAACGAGUGUCCGUUAAACAGCCUACCUUCAUAAAAACGGCGCGUCUUGAUCAUGUUCAGGUUCACAGUUCGGUCCCAGUUUAUGGAAAGGCUCUGACACCAACAAUCGCUCAUGCUGCUGUUCCACUUUACCAAAAGACCAUCUCUCCAGCUUAUGACUACUACCAUUAG